AGACAGAGACGACCCAGGCCUUUACCAUGAAGCACUGUGCGCUGUUGUCGCUGCUUUUGGCGAUGGGGUGUGUGCACAUCCACGGUGCACCAGUAAACCCCUUGGCGCCGGGGUCGUGUGAAGACGCCUCUGCGAUUGGCGCUGCCGGACUGGCUCUCACCAAAAUCAACCAGGACCGGCAAGAGGGCUACAUCUUCAGCCUGCACCACCUGUCCAAUGUCCACACAAAGAAACAUGGACAGAACGGCGUGGUUUUCUACUUGACUCUGGAUGUUGUUGAGACCAACUGCAGUGUUAUCAGCAGGAAGGACUGGAAGACCUGUGAGGCUCGUUCCACCCAUGACACACCGGUAUAUGGACAGUGUAAAGCUGCCGUCUUCAUCAGUAUGGUGCACAGAGUGGUGCGUCUCUACAAAUACAACUGUGUUGUCAGACCAGUUCCUGCAGCUAAGCUGAUUGAGAUGUGUCCUGACUGUCCGUCUCUUAUCGGCAUGGACAAUGAUCAGAUUCAGAAGACUGUGACUCUCUCACUGGAGAAGUUCAACAAGGAGAGCGGGUUGGCCAAUCGUUUUGCUCUACUCAAAGUCACCCGCGCUUCUGCCGGGAUGGCCAUGUCGAUGUAUUACAACGUACAGUACACCAUCCAGGAGACCACCUGCCCCAGGACCACAGAAGCAGUGACAGCUGAAAAGUGCCCCCUCAUGGAGUGCGAGUUUGCACACAAGGGCUUCUGUAAGGCAUCCUUCUUCAACUCUCCCACUGGUGAUGGUGACACCAGUGUAGAUUGUGAAAUCUAUGAGCCUGAGGCUGCUGAAAGAGAGAAGAAACUGCACCUGCUGGGCGGAGAGACCGACCACAGCCACAACGACACACAUGCACACAGCCACACCCAUGACCACGCACACGGUGCUGACCAGACACACACACACGACCACGUACACGACCACACCAAGAGCCACACCCAUCACGACAAAACCCACAAGCACGCUGACGACAGCGACCACCACCACACACACGACCAUGGCGCAGACAGCACCCACAGGCACGCUCACAGCCACUCCCAUGACCACGGACAUGGGCACGAUCAUGUGCACACUCAUCACGCCAAGGCACACAACCACUCCGGCGACUCCCCAAACCACCACCACGACUACAAGCACGCCGAUGGCGAGCACACCCACGAGCAUGACCACGAGCUCGCUCUGGACCAUGACCACAAUCACGGUCAUCUGCACGACCACGAGCACCACCACCAUCACCACGAGCACAACCAUGAGAAUGAAACCCACGACCACCCAAAAGGCAUGGUGAGGAUGCUGCCCGCCAUGGACCAGCCCAUGACCCUGCCUUCCUUCCCCGAUGUCCCCGCCGGUGGCCCUGAGGUGGGAGUCACACUACCCCUCAAGCCCGACCCACAGAUCCCCAGUGAGAUGGAACCCACCAUCGAGGCCUUCCCCACCUCAGUCUCAGCCCAGUGCAGUCCCCGAGUGGCAGGAGCCACUCUGGUCGAGAAACUGUUUGCUGAAGACCCCAUGUUCAAGCCAGCUGCGUAAGGUGGCCCACGGAUCUCACUUGGGAACUAAACAGAUCUUUAAAAACUCAGACUGAAGUGUAAUGAAGACCGGAAAACAUUUAACAGAUUUUCUCCAGACACUUCACCACUUAACUGAUCAUUUCUUUUUUACAAUCCUCAGAGACAACAAAACUGUGAAAACUGACCACAAUAUGCCCACAUUCUUCGUCAUUCUGAGUCACAAUAAAAUCAUCCUGGAAAACA